GUGGCGCAAAAUCUAGUCACUGAUUUCCUUUUCUCUCUCGCCCAAGUGCCGUGCCGUGCCUUGCCGAGCCAAUCAACAACGACUACUUUUUCAACGUCGCGUGCCCACAACGACGCCCCAUGAUAUCGGCAGCCCGAUGACGGUCCAGUCGUCGCGCUUCGGACAAUGCCGCCGCCAUACGACAACUGGCCCCACUACUUGAAUGGGAUCUGCCCAGCCACACGAGAGAGUGGCUUUUCUGAACCUGAUGGGCAGGACCAGUACCAUCCGGGUCAAAUCCUGGACAUUGUCUGGUACAACGGGGGGUACUUCGAAGGGCAGAAUGUCACCGUAUCCUUCACACUUCAAAAAUAUCGUGAGCGUACUGAUGAUUCAUACCUGAAAUGGAUCUCCAUGCUCAAUGAAACGACAUUGUACAGCCAAUUUGAGAUCCCGCCGGAUAACCACAACUUCGAAACACCUUGGCUUGGUCGCGUUGAACCCUGCACAAAUAUGACUGCAGUAUUGUUCCGUUGGAAAAUCCCAGAAGAUAUCAAAUAUCUUGAAGGAGAUCCUAAUUAUGUCAUUUCAGUCGGAAACGUAUCCGGGAUAAACACGAGUCAAGGUGUAGGAGGAACGACAGUCGACGUGUCAAUUAGUGACCCAUUUCUGCUCACGCGCGUUGAUGGGUCUCAGACAGAGAACAACUCUGUCGACACCACGACGGCCACAAGCGACCAGGCUGCCGGCAAUAUGCUUCAGACCAGAAGUUUGAUCAUCGGCCUCAGCAUCGGUUUCGGGCUUUUGGCACUCGCUCUAGGAAUUUGGAUCUGGUUCUGGCGGCGUCGCAAACGAAACAAGAAAAGCAUCAGCAGUAAGACACCGACUAGCGACGUUACCGAAAAAGGGGUCUCCAAACCUGAACUAUCGGUAUCCAGGGCUGCUCCACAGAGCCACCAAAACAAUGCCAUCAAAAUACAAGAGGUGGAUGCAAAUACCAGAACCACGGAAACGGAUGAUAGCAGCCCGUUAUCACGACUCCACGGUCUCAGGUCAGAGACGGACAAGAAUAGGAGAAUCGAGCGUCUCGCAACAGAGUCAUCAUCUUCAGAACAUCAACGACAACCAGGAAUGGACACGAGGGAGGACCGAGAACUGAAAGGAAUCACACCCGGCGAGCUGAAAUCGUUAGGGUUUUACAUCGAGGAGCAAAAGACUUUGGGACCACUCAGCAGCAUGCUAUUACACUCGAAAGCGAAGCCGGUAUGAAGCGAGACGGAUGCCAUCGAAGGGAUAAUCGCGAAAUCCUUCAUGUUGUCAUCUUCGAAUAGACGAGCACACAACUUCGGCAGCUCGCUUGAGGAACGAGAUUCUACGAAAUACUUCGAGCGACGAGACGGCGCC